CCACAAUCUACCUUUUAACGUUUUUUUUUUGUGUGCCGCAGUCGGUUUAAUAGAUUUCUUUCUUAUGACUCCAGGACAAAAUCUGCAAACUUAUCGUGAGAUUUUUCUAGCCAUUGAUCAAUCGCAGACCUCUAUAACAAGGUUGUGGAUAUUAGUAUUCACAUAAUACUAAUAAUACACCUAUUUGACAGGUCUCUAUUCUUCAAAUUCCUCGUCUCGGUGUUUGAUUUCUAUCUUUCAUUUUCUUGUCCAUCAUCUCCCCUCUUUUUUCGUCAUGCUUCGCACCCGACAAGCUGGCCGGGCCUUCAAGGCUUUGGCUCAGACUUCGCGACAACACCAACGAUGUCUCACCACUUCUACCGUAGCCUCAACCAUUCAAAUAAAGAAAAAUGGCCCUGCUGGUGUUAGGAAUCAAGCCACUUCGGCCCAAUCAACUGCUCAAGCCAGAGAUGUACCUGCUCCAGCCUUCAACACAGCCAGCACGAAAGAUCGAAGUCAUGUACAACCCUUGGUCAGUCCUCGGGCUCCUGAAAUGGAUGAAUCGUUCAUCGGAAAGACUGGCGGAGAGAUAUUCCAUGAAAUGAUGUUAAGGAGAGGUGUACGGCAUGUCUUCGGUUAUCCUGGUGGAGCCAUUCUACCCGUUUUCGAUGCCAUCUACAACUCGAAACACUUCGACUUCAUCUUACCAAAGCACGAACAGGGUGCUGGGCAUAUGGCCGAGGGCUAUGCCCGCGCAUCCGGAAAGCCUGGUGUCGUACUAGUCACAUCUGGUCCCGGUGCCACCAAUGUUAUCACGCCAAUGCAAGAUGCCUUAUCUGAUGGCACGCCCAUGGUCGUUUUCUGUGGUCAGGUUCCUACCACGGCUAUUGGUAGUGAUGCCUUCCAAGAGGCAGAUGUUAUAGGAAUAUCCAGGGCCUGCACGAAGUGGAAUGUUAUGGUAAAGAAUGUCGCUGAACUCCCACGUAGAAUCAACGAGGCUUUCGAUAUUGCGACUAGUGGACGUCCGGGCCCGGUUCUGGUGGACCUUCCAAAGGACGUCACGGCAAGCAUUCUCCGAAAAGCGAUUCCAACCGAGUCAGCCAUCCCUGGUUUACCUAGUGCAGCAUCGCGUGCAGCGAUGGAGGCCACCCAGAAACAGCUUCAAGCUUCCAUUCGUCGGGUAGCCGAUCUCGUGAACAAAGCUAAGAAGCCUGUCAUCUACGCUGGUCAGGGUCUUGUCUCAUCGGUUGGUGGACCGCAACUCCUUAAGGAGCUGGCUGACAAGGCUUCGAUACCCGUUACGACCACCCUUUUAGGCCUUGGAGCUUUCGAUGAGUUGGACGAGAAGUCACUUUACAUGCUGGGUAUGCAUGGCUCUGCAUUUGCUAACAUGGCUAUCCAAGAGGCCGACCUCAUCAUCGCCCUUGGUGGUCGAUUUGACGACCGUGUGACUCUGAAUAUUACCAAAUUUGCACCGGCAGCCAAGGCCGCAGCCUUAGAGGGCCGUGGCGGUAUCGUACACUUCGAAAUCAUGCCAAAGAACAUCAACAAAGUUGUGCAAGCAACCGAAGCUGUCGAGGGUGAUGUAGCCGAAAACUUGCGGAAACUAGUGCCACAUGUACAAGCCAAGACUAUGGAAGAUCGUAAGGACUGGUUUGGUAAAAUAAACGGCUGGAAGGCGAAAUGGCCCAUCCAUGAUUUUGAGCGUACUGAGCGAGCAGGGAUGAUCAAACCGCAAGUCCUCAUCGAGGAGCUCAGCAAGCUAACCGCUAAUCGAAAAGAGCAUACAAUUAUCGCCACGGGUGUUGGCCAACAUCAAAUGUGGACAGCACAGCACUUCAGAUGGCGACACCCCCGAACUUUGGUGACGUCUGGAGGUCUUGGCACCAUGGGCUACGGUCUUCCCGCUGCCAUUGGCGCCAAAGUUGCUCGACCCGACGCCCUCGUAAUCGAUAUCGAUGGUGAUGCUUCGUUCAAUAUGACAUUAACAGAACUAUCCACCGCUGCGCAGUUUAACAUUGGUGUCAAGGUUAUUGUCCUGAACAACGAGGAACAAGGAAUGGUAACACAAUGGCAAAACCUCUUCUACGAAGACAGAUAUGCCCACACGCACCAACAGAACCCCGACUUCAUGAAACUGGCCGAUGCCAUGGGUGUCCAGCAUCGCAGACUUAUCAAACCCGAGGAAACCGUUGAAACCUUAGAAUGGCUCAUCAACACAGAUGGACCAGCUCUGUUGGAGGUUGUCACGGACAAGAAGGUGCCUGUUCUCCCUAUGGUACCUGCAGGGUGCGGUUUACAUGAGUUCCUGGUAUGGGAUGGAGCCAAAGAUAAAGAGCGCAGGGAUCUGAUGCGCACAAGAACUUGUGGCUUACAUAGCUAAUUCUGUUUCACAUGAGUUUUUUUUGCAUUGGUCGUUAGCGAUUGUGUUGCAUUUCGGGAAUACCAUUAAGGUUAUUAAAAAAGAUGUUGGGGCCAUAACCAAAAAGGCUUAAAAAAUGGCGACGAGAAAGGAACCAAAAGUGAAUCUUGACAUCGCGUAUAACAACCCAGCUUGGAGAAACUUGGCGUUGUUAUUGGCACAUGUUACCAUUACUGUAUAUAAUGCGGAUCGGUGAAUCCAACCUUGAAGUUGUAAAGAUGAAUAUCAUGUUAGGAUUGUUCUCUA